AAAGAGAAAAAGAAAUAAAGCAAAAUAAAAAAAGGGAAUGAAAGGAGCGUAGAAUAAAGCAAAAGUUAAUGUCUUUCUCUUACACGGAUCCCCAUAGAAUAUCAAGUCUUACCAUUGCUUGCUGGAAUACAUUCUUUUUGUUUAGUUUAAAGGAACUUGCUUUGUUCCCUUUAGAUACACUCUUAUACCAAAGAGAGUUUAAUUUAUAGUUACAUUUCUUUACAUUGUUAAUCUUUAGUACAUUAUGCAAAAAAUGUACUACUUAUAAAUAUGGUAUGAUUAGUAUAUGAUUGAGUUGCAUUGUUUUGUUUCUAGACAUAUUUUGUUACAUUUUUUUUUUUUUGUGAGAGAAAAAAUGAAGAGUAUGAUGGAAAAUGAUGAUGAGAGUGUUGACAUUAACAAUGAGAAUAAUUGGUUAGGUUUUUCACUAUCUCCUCAAAUGAAUAAUCAGUCACAACAUUCUUCAUCUUCUUCUGCUUCUGAAAUAGUUCCACUUUCAUCAAGCUUUUACAAUUCUACCCCUCUUAGUAACUAUUGUUUCUCUUAUGGACUUGAACAUGAAAAUAAUGUUGGUUUGUAUUCUUUACUUCCCAUUAUGCCCCUCAAAUCUGAUGGAUCUCUUUAUGAAAUGCCCCCACAAACACAAGCAAUGACACCAAAACUUGAGAAUUUUUUAGGUAAUGAAGCUAUGGAAACUCCUCAUUAUGCAUGUACUAGUACUACUGUCACAGAAACAAUGCCUUUGAGUUUAGACAGUAUGUUUCAAAAUCAAGUUCAACACAUGAACAAUCAACAACAAUUAUCAUAUUAUGAUUUAAUGUUAGAAGGGUCAAAGCAAAAUCAAAAUUCAAGUGGAAAUUUUCAUGUUUCAAACAUAGGUGAAGAUAAUGGACUUAGUGGUUUAAAGAAUUGGGUUUUAAGGAAUUUUCCAGCUAGUCAUGGACAUGAUAAUUCAAAGAUGAUUGUUCCGGUUGUUGUCGAUGAAAAUGUCGGUGAAUCUUGUUCCAAUAUUGGUUCAAUGGCUUAUGGUGAUUUGCAUUCUUUGAGCUUAUCAAUGAGUCCUAGUUCACAAUCUAGCUGUGUUACAACUUCACAGAAUAUGUCAUCUGCUGUUAUUGAUAAUAAUUCUGUUGCUAUUGAUACUAAGAAAAGAGGAAAUGAAAAGAUUGAACAGAAACAAAUUGUUCAUAGGAAAUCUAUUGAUACUUUUGGUCAAAGAACCUCUCAAUAUAGAGGUGUAACAAGGCAUAGGUGGACUGGGAGAUAUGAAGCUCAUCUAUGGGACAACAGUUGCAAGAAAGAAGGCCAAAGCAGAAAAGGAAGACAAGUUUAUCUUGGUGGUUAUGAUAUGGAAGAAAAAGCUGCUAGAGCUUAUGAUCAAGCAGCACUUAAGUAUUGGGGACCAUCCACUCACAUAAACUUCCCUUUGGAAAAUUAUCAAAAUCAACUUGAGGAAAUGAAAAAUAUGACAAGACAAGAAUAUGUUGCUCAUUUAAGAAGAAAAAGCAGUGGAUUCUCAAGAGGAGCUUCCAUGUAUAGAGGAGUAACAAGACACCACCAACAUGGAAGAUGGCAAGCUAGAAUUGGUAGAGUUGCUGGUAACAAAGAUCUAUAUCUUGGAACCUUCAGUACACAAGAGGAAGCGGCCGAAGCCUACGACAUAGCAGCUAUAAAAUUCCGAGGAGCUAAUGCAGUAACCAACUUUGAUAUCGUAAAAUAUGAUGUUGAAAAAAUCAUGGCAAGUAGUAACCUUCUUAGCAUUGAAUUUGCUAGAAGGAACAAAGAGGUUGUCGAUACAACUCAACACAUUGAUCAAAACAAGCCUAAUUCUUCUGCUUAUGACAACAACACUCAAGAAGCAAUUUUAAUGCAGAAGAAUAUGGUUCUGUAUCAAUCCUCUCAACAACAGAAUCAACCAAGAAUUGAGAAUGAAAGAACUCAUCAAUCAUUUUCAUCGGUAUCUUUCGAUAACAUGUUUCAUCAAGAAGUAGUUGAGGAAGCAAGUAAGAUGAGAACACAUGUAUCAAAUGCUUCUUCAUUGGCUACAAGUUUAAGCAGUUCAAGGGAAGGUAGUCCUGAUAGAACAAGCUUACAAAAUCUCUCUGGAAUAAUGCCUUCAACAGCUUCUAAACUAUUGGUUACUAAUGCUCCAAAUAGUAAUGUGAAUUCAUGGGACCCUUCACUUCAUCUUAGGACUCAGAUGCCAGUUUUUGCUGCUUGGACUGAUGCAUAGUCCCUUUCUUUGUCUUAAACUUUCAAUUUUAUUUUUUUGCUUUUUGCAUGGAGGGACACAAUAUGAAAGAAAAGGGUGAUAGGAGCUAGUAGAAUGAGAGUUUAAUUACUUAUUCCUCAAGUUUAAACUUUUUUGAUACAAAAAAGUUUAGGUUAGUUGAAUCUCAUACGACUACUAAUGUUAAGGCAAGCUUCGAGACUCAAACUCCAAUUUAAACUUUAAGUAAUUACGAUA